CCGGAGUCAGAUGAAUCCACCUAAGCAGCAGGCUAUUGAUGAGGGCAUGGUUAAGUACAAAGGGAGAUUUUUUGCAAGACAAUACAUGCCAAAUAAACCGGUCAAGAGAGGUUUUAAGAUAUUCAUGAGAUGUGAUGAGGAUGGUUACUGCUACGAUUAUUGGCCAUAUAUGGGAAAACAUAACUUUUUUCAUGGAAAGUCACUAGGAGAAAGAGUCGUCAAACACUUGUGUAGACCAUUGAAAUACAAAGGCCAUCAUGUGUUCUUUGACAGGUUCUUUACAUCCAUUUCCUUGGUGCGAACCUUGCUUCAGAAUGGGAUUUUUAGUUGUGGGACAAUAAAGAGCGACUCAGAAGGGUUUCCGCCAGAGUUAAGAAAUCCGGAUUUAAGAAGAGGGGAGACAUUACAGAUGCAGCACGACCAAUUGCUUGCCACUGCUUGGAAAAAUAAGAAAACGGUAUUACAUAUUCAUUGUCUUCAUACAGACAUGUACAAUGUUUCAACAUUAAAUAAAAAUUGCAACAUUUAUCACAGUCACACUUCUACCUGCAAUUAUUAA